GCAUCCUAGAGCAGCUGCUGCUGCCAACGGGGACCUCCGUCCUGCCCGUUCGAGAGCGCCUGCCAGACUCGCGGCUGUUGAAAAACUAGGUGUCAAAAUGACCGAACGCUUUGACUGCCACCAUUGCGAAGAAUCUCUCUUUGGCAAGAAGUACAUCCUGAGGGAGGAGAGCCCCUAUUGCCUGACCUGCUUCGAGGCCCUUUAUGCCAGCACAUGUGAGGAGUGCCGGAAGCCCAUUGGCUGUGACUGCAAGGACUUGUCCUAUAAGGACCGACACUGGCAUGAGGCCUGUUUCCACUGCUCGCGGUGCAAGAGCUCGCUGGUAGACAAGCCCUUUGCUGCCAAGGAGGACCAGCUGCUCUGCACGGACUGCUACUCCCAUGAGUACUCAUCCAAGUGCCAGGAGUGCAAGAAGACCAUCAUGCCAGGGACCCGCAAGAUGGAGUACAAGAGCAGCAGCUGGCAUGAGACCUGCUUCAUCUGCCAUCGCUGUCAGCAGCCAAUUGGAACCAAGAGCUUUAUCCCCAAGGACGAGCAGAAUUUCUGUGUGCCCUGCUAUGAGAAACAGUAUGCCUUGCAGUGUGUUCAGUGCAAAAAGCCCAUCACCACUGGAGGAGUCACUUACCGGGAGCAGCCAUGGCACAAGGAGUGCUUCGUGUGCACAGCCUGUAGGAAGCCACUGUCCGGGCAGCGCUUCACAUCCCGGGACGAGUUUGCUUACUGCCUGAACUGCUUCUGCGACCUUUAUGCCAAGAAGUGUGCCGGAUGCACCAACCCCAUCAGUGGACUUGGCGGCACAAAGUACAUCUCCUUUGAGGAACGGCAGUGGCAUAACGACUGCUUUAACUGCAAGAAGUGCUCCCUCUCCCUGGUGGGCCGAGGCUUCCUCACCGAAAGGGAUGACAUCCUGUGCCCCGACUGUGGGAAAGACAUCUGAAGUCAACGCAAAUUACUGCUUGUGACACACACAGAUUUAUGUAUGUUCUUUCUCAACCAUUGUGUUCUGGUUUCCACCAGCCACACCAAGACUUUCCUCUUGUGCUUCUCAAUGAUAUUCAUGUUUGUUUAAACUGUUUAAUCCUUUGUACUAGUAGCUCAAUCCCAGGGAAGGAGAAAACCCUCAUGAAAAUGUUAGGCGGGAAGAUGGCUUUGAAUUUUUAUAAUCAAGCGAGGCAAAUCCAAGUGCAAAAAUUCUUUUGAGUAUCUUUAUAAAUGUAUCUUCUUUUUUUCACUGCAUAUUUAAUUUUUUAUGUGCAUUAACAUGUCACAAACUUGAAAGUUUUCCAAACUACAUAGGUAAUGAAGAGUUGGUAUUUAUGACUGUGUAAUGUCUUGUCAAGUAAGGCCUGCAGCAAGAUUAUAUGGCUUACAAUAAAGUUAUCCAGGCACAGUGUGUGAAAUAAUGAUUAAACAUUGAGGUUCUGUGUAUAAACACUUUA